AUGAGAAAUAUAAUUUUAUAAGAUUAUUAUAAUUAUUAUAUAGAAGAUUUAGACUAAGUAGAGGCUUUUGAUUUUGAGGAAUUUUCAUUAACACUGUAUAUAUUGACAAAGAAAAAAUAAAUUUACGUAAUAUAAAUAAAUGAAAAUAUGACUAAGCAUUCCUUAUAAAAUAAAAUUGAUUUAAGUUAUUAAAUUCCUGAAAUAUAAUAAGUAUUAGGCGUAAAAUAUAUAUUAGAAUUAGAAAGUGUGAUAAUAGUGUUAAAAAAUGGUGAAAUAUUUAAAUAUUGUAUUAAUUUGAAAGAAGGAGAAAGUGUAGGAUGUAUAGAAAAUGGAAUUCUAGGCUUUUCUUAUUCUCCAAACUAAGAUGUAAUUGUUAUUGCAACAGGAAAUAAUACAUUAAUAACAUUAGAUAAUAAUUUUGAUAUAUAAAAUGAAGUACCAUUAAAUGAUAAUAAUGAAGAAAUUUAUAUUUGUAAUAAUUAAAAAAAUUGUUGUGUUUAUUUUUCAUGGAAAGCUGAUGCAAAAUUUUUUGUAUGUAAUUACCCAGUAAAAAAUGGAAGAAAAUGUCUGACAAGAUCUGUGUAAUUAGAAGUAAUAAAAUCUGCUGCUAAACCAGAAAGUAAUAAUGGAAUUGUUUAAUCUGUAUCUGAAUAAGCUAUUUAAAACCUAUAAGGUUAAGUUUGUUGGUAGCCUACUAGUAAUUUAAUUGUUGGGUAUGAUUUUUUUAAAAAUAACACCAGAAUUAUCUUUUGGGAAAAAAAUGGAUUAAGACAUGGUGAAUUUAUCCUUAAUAUAAAUCCAAAUGAAAUUAGAUAAAGCAACGAAAUAUAUAUCUAAAAUAUUUUAUUUAAUAAAGAUUCAGAAAUACUUGCUAUACAAUUAGAUGAAAAUAUUUUACUUUAUCAUAAAAGCAAUUAUUAAUGGUUUUUAAAAAAAAUUAUUUAAGGUAUCACAAAAAUUUUAGGAAUUUAAUUUAGUGUAUAAAAUAGCAAAAAACUUAUAGUAGUUUAUGAAAAUCAAUUUAUAGAAAUUUUUGAUUUAUAGAUGUCUUAUUCUUAAUGCUUACAUGAUAAUUAAUAAUUAAACUCUUAGUGCUUAUCUGUUUUUGUAAAUGGAAAUCAAUUAAAUGUUACAUCUUUUAAAAGAAAUAUUAUGCCUCCUCCUAUGAGUAAUUUUUAAUUUGAUCUUAAAAAUCCUGUUAUUUCGUUUUCAGUUGGAAGAAGCUUUCAUUUAUUUUAAAUUGAUGAGGAAUUAAAAGUCAAAGAAUUUUUUAUAAAAAAUGAUAAAUAUUUUGAAAAGUAAGAUAGAUUAAGGCAAUUUUAGUAUUUUGAUUGUGUUUAUUACCAUUCUAUAUUUUUUAUCAGUAAAAACCAAAAUCAAUAAGUAAUUACUGAAAUCAUUAUAAACCCUAAAAACUUAUAAGUUUAAUAAGUAUUCCAAAAAUAAAUUUCUCAUCCUAUUUUGUGCGUAUGUCCAAGCGGUUUCAUGUAUUCUUAAUAAAAAAUGGAAGAAUAAACUAAUUAAUUUAUUUAUUUAGCAAAUCAUUAAGGAACUGUAUUCAAAUAUAUAUUAAACAAUUAAGAGAGUCAGUUAAUAAAAAACACUUAAUUCGAAUUAGUUCCAAUAAAAAUGUAAGCAACAAUAAUUUAAGGAUAAGAAUUAUUAUUUGGUAUUUCUUUAAAUCAUCGUCUAAUGAUAUUGAAUAAUAGAAUAAUAUCUUCUUAAGCAACUUCCUUUGGAUUAUAUGAUUCUUAUUUGCUUUACACCUAAAAUACUUCUGGAAUGUAUUAAUCUCUAUUUGUUUUUGACCUUAAUGAUCCUUAGAAUCCUAUCACAAACACUUCUGUAUAAAUACCUGGAAUAGAUAGCAAAAGCUUAAAUGUUAGAAAUAUAGAAAGAGGUUGUACUAUUGUGAUUUUAGCAAAUGAUAGUCUCGUCUUUUAAUUACCAAGAGGAAAUUUAGAAACGAUUAAUUGUAGAGUUAUAUUUUUAAGAAAAGUUAAAGAGUUAAUUUGUUUGGACAAAUACUAUGAAGCUUUUGAGUUGUGUAAAUCUAAUAAACUAGACCUUAAUUUAAUUUUCGAUAUUAAUUAAAAUAAAUUUAUUAAUAAUAUUUAGAGUAUUUUAUAGUCUUUUUAAAAAACAGAAUACAUUAAUAUUUUGAUAGCUGCUAUUAAAUCUAAUUUAUCGGAAGAAUUAUAAUAUUGUGUAUAUGAUAAUGAAUAUUAAUAAAGCAAAAAUAAUCAUAUUAGUUUCUUAAAUAAAAAAGUGAAUAUUUUCUGUGAUACUAUUAUUAAUGCAUUAAAUACAAUAGGAGACCAAAAUUAUUUGUACUGUAAAAUGACUGCUCAUAUUAAAAAAACACCAACAGAACUUGAAUAUGUUUUAUCAGAAAUAAAAAAAAUGAAAGAUUAAGAAUACAAUAUUUUUUAAGAAUACCAUCCUCCUCAUUUGAAUCCAGAAACAAAUAAAAAAUAUGAAAAUAUUAAAAAAGUUUCUUCGAAAUCUUUAUUAGAGUUUGUUUGUUGGCUUGCAAAUGCUGAUAAAAUCUAUGAUAUUUCCUUAGGAACUUAUGAUUUAGAGUUAGUAGCAAUGGUAGCUUAAUUUACAUAAAAAGAUCCUAAAGAAUAUAUUCCUUAUUUAGAAAGUUUAAAGAAAAUAGAUGAUUUAGUGGAGCGUAAAUACACUAUAAAUAUGGAUUUAAAAAGAUAUGAUAAAGCCGUUUUAGAACUCUCAUUAGGAAACGAAAAAUAAAAAGAAAUAGCUUUAUAGCUAAUUAAAAAACACAAUCUUUUUAAUGUCGGAUUAAAAGCAUUUAAUAAAGAUAAUUAACUUUUAAAAACAAUAAAGAUAUUAAUGGGAGAUUUCCUUUUUCAAAAAAAAGAGUUCUAAUAAGCUUUGCUUUCCUAUGAAUCUGUUGGAGCUUUCCAAUAGGCUUUAUAAGUUUGUAUAAGCUCAGGAAAUGUAAAAAAAGCCUUGUUUUUUUCUUAAAAACUAGGUAAAAAUAGUGAAGUAGUGGUCAACGAAUUAAUCUAAUAACUUCUAUAAAUGGAUAAUAUGUAUAGGCUGGUAAAGCUUAUAAAAAAAUAGGGUAAUUUGAAAGGCAAUUGA